AUGGAGGAUCUCGCAAGUCGUACCAUCGCAGCCAAGCACGAGCAGCAACAGCAGCUCAACUUGUUACUCCUGGCUAACAAAUUCAUACCCGACUUUCGUCUGCUGCUCCCCGAGGCGCCCCUUGUGAUGCGGGCCAUCGACUCCUUCUUCAGUUGUAGCGGCAAGCUGUUUCAUGUCUUUUCGGAAAACUACAUCUUACAGUGUUAUCGUGCCGUUUUCGAGGAACCACAGGUCCCGUCUGAAGGUUUAAAGGCCAAAGUUUGCUGUCUUGCGGCGGUUGCGGCGGUAGGUGCACAGUAUUCACCUGAUGUGAUUAGCAAGGAUGUCGAGCAGGGACUAUACAACCUGGCGAGACACUUUCUUGAAGUAGCUAUGGAGCAUGAGCCGUUGCAUGCGAUCAAAGUGUGUACCCUGUUUUCGCAGUAUAAUAUUAUGAAUAAGGAGAUGGUUUCCCUUACUUAUGUCGAGACGGGGUUGAGUAUGUGUCACAUCUACGGAAUAAACAACAGGGCCUUGCGGCCGGAUUUUAUUCCUACUCUAGAGUGGUCUGAUUUGCGCAAGACUUGGCGCACGUUAAUAUUCUUUUCGAGCUGGCUCUCGUCCACACUUGGCUACAUUUCCGGGAAUACUUGGUCGGCUGAGAAACGCGUCCUGGCCGACCUCAAAGUCGAAGAUCCAACAGACAUCUCCGAAGUUGUGCAAACCGAAAUGGCAAGGAUAUGCCUUCUCAAAGCAGAAAUUCUUCGAAUGCACCUAGUGUUCAAGGAUCUCACCAGCCCUGCCGUGCACUCCAUCAAAAGAGAUCUGCAGGCCUGGUACGAAGAGUUACCGGAAAACUUGCAGCUUGAAAAAACUGCCCAUGAGAAUGUUGCUAUCGGAACUAGACGGUCAAUCUUGCAUUUACACAUGCUCUACCUUGGCGCCAUAAUGCUUCUCUAUCGACGUGUAGCGACGCAGUUUUUGCAGUCGUAUGCGAUUGGGGGUCAGAAUAGCCUGCACAUGCACCCACGCGAUGCAUUCGUUCAACAAAGCGCUGAAGCUAUCCUCGCCGCCAGCACAUCAGCCAGAAUUGUGAAGCUUCUUCUUGAAGAUGAUGGCGUCUUCAAACACUGUUGGCUGGUCAUCUUUCAAACAUACACCACUUGUACCAUCCUGCUACACUCGGUGGUGCAGAAGCAACUACACAAAUUUCAGCCAUCGGAAUGGGCGGACGAUCUGCAGAGAGCCAAAGACUGUCUUGCUGUGCUUGCGUUUUGUGGCUCGCAGGACCGUGUUGCCGCCUCGUUUCACAAGCAGCUCGAGACAAUCUAUCAAGUAGUUCUCGCGUACGAGCUAUCAACACCACCCACCGAUGUAGCCAUGGAAAUGGAUGGCCAACAGACGUCUCCACAGACUGGCGGCACUUUCUCUCCGACAGACGGAGCUGGACGCAAAACGCGGUCAAAGUCAGAUGCUCACGCAUACCUCUUGGACAUUCCCGUCGACGCCGACCCAGCACACAUGAGGCUCUCGUUUUCGCUGCUCAUGAUGCUAAGCCAGCCUUUUGGCGAUAUCAGCAACAAAGAGGCCGCGGAACUUAACCUGAAGAAACAUUGGCUGACUGACCCGUCAAGAUACGAGUACCCACAGAUGGCAGAACGGAUUGACUGGAGUCUGGAAACGAAGCACAUGUUCCAGUGGAACUUGGACAAGCUGAACAUCCCUUCACUGGACUCGAUGAGGGCGCCAGAACAGUCGAGUUCGUCGGAUGAGUCGCCGGGUUCGGGGCUAUCGUGCAGUUUGUCUCCGGCGAGUUUUCUGGGGAGUACGGAACCGAGUGGGUGGGCGUCGGCGGCUAGUCUUACGAAUCCGGUGAGGAAUUGA